AUUGGAAGAAGGAGAACUGAGUUUAACAGAGCAACAGAGUGAAAACAAAAUGCAGGACGUGGAAUAUUUAAGUGAUGAAAAUGUACAAAACUUGGAGGAUACAGAAAGAAGUGAUGUGCAAAAGUUAAAGAAAGAAAACAAAGAAGAGUAAGCGUGGUAGUGUUUCACCAUCAAUCUCACCAACAACACGUAAUGGCUCACAAUCGAAUAAAAGCAGAUCUAGGAAAAAUGGCGAUCGAGAUUAUUAUUCCAAAGCUAAAAAGGCAUCAGAAAAGAGCUAUGCUGAUAAAGAAGAACCAAGUCAUCGUUCAAGUCAUGGGAGAUCAACAAGUAGGAAUAGAAGUGACAGGAGAUCUAAGGAUCGAAGUAUAAACAGGGAUAACGAAAGAAGAUACAGAGAUGGAAGUCGACAAGGAAAACUUCAGAUAAGUGGAAGACAAAUGUCACAUUCAUCAUACGGUUCAUCGCGUCGUAGAAGUAGAAGUCGAGAACGUGUUCGUAGAAGAAGUCGUUCAAAUGAUCGCUCUUACUCAAGAAGAGAUAAUUCGAGAAGAAGAGAAGAUGAGAGAGACAGAAGACAUUCAAGGCGAAGGAGAAGUACAAAUGAAGAUUUGUUUAAAGGAAGUUUUUCUGAAGGAAUGAAAGCAAGAGAUUCAAGUGAUGAUGAUGUUGAUCACGUGACGGUGGAUGAGUCAGAUGAAGAUGAAGAAGCUUUGAUUGAAAGAAGAAGAAGGCAACGUCUUGAAAUUGUAAAGAAACACCAAGAGAAAGAAAAACAAGGUUUAAUACCAGGUUUAACUGCUGUAGCUGAUGAACGAAAUUUAUUGGAAAGAGAUAAUGAGGAUGACACUGGAAAUCUUGUUAUUGCUGAUGAUAUGUUUGUGUCGGCGGUUAAUUCAAAUAAUUCGACUCCAUCUGUACCUGCUGAAGGUUCAAGGUCAUCAGAUGGAGAUGGAAUAUUAUCGACAUCUUUAGCUGAAAACUUGAAGAAUUUAACUCAUGCUGACUUGGAAUCUGCUUUAAAAGAUAAAAUUGAACAGAUUAAUAAAACUAUUCAGAAUGAGCAGCAAAAGCAGAAUGAAGAAGAAAGGAAGGCCACUGGAGAUAUGUUUUCAGAAGAAUUUACUCCCUCAUUGUCAAAGAAGUUGGGUGCAGCUAUAGAUUCAAAUGACCCAAGUUUACAGGACAACUGGACGGAUGCUGAAGGAUAUUACCGUGUUAGUAUAGGUGAAAUGCUUGACAAGAGAUAUCAAGUUUACGGUUAUACUGGGCAAGGAGUGUUUAGUAAUGUGGUUCGUGCAAGAGACAGCGGAAGAGGAAACUCUGAGGUCGCAAUCAAAAUCAUUCGAAAAAAUGAUCUUAUGCAUAAAACAGGUUUAAAAGAACUUGAAUAUCUUAAAAAGUUGAAUGAUGUUGAUCGUGAGGACAAAUAUCAUUGUUUGCGAUUAUAUCGACAAUUUCAACACAAAAGUCAUCUGUGUCUUGUAUUUGAAUCACUCAAUAUGAAUCUAAGAGAACUUUUGAAGAAGUAUGGAGCCAGCAUUGGAUUGCACAUCAAAGCUGUUCAAUCAUAUUCCCAGCAAUUGUUCUUGUCUUUAAAACUGUUGAAAAAAUGCAACUUGUUACAUGCUGAUAUUAAACCAGAUAAUAUUCUGGUCAGUGAAAAUAAGUCUGUGUUGAAAUUAUGUGACUUUGGUUCCACAUCUCACAUAGCUGACCAAGAAAUCACACCAUAUCUUGUCUCCAGGUUUUAUCGGGCCCCAGAAAUUAUUUUAGGAAUGAGAUAUGAUCAUGGCAUUGAUAUGUGGUCAGUCGCUUGCACCAUUUACGAAUUAUACACAGGAAGAAUUCUAUUUCCUGGUAAAUCAAACAACCAGAUGUUAAAACUGAUGAUGGACGUUAAAGGAAAAAUUCCCCAUCGUGUCCUAAAAAAAGGAACAUUAAAAGAUCAACAUUUUGAUCCGAAUCUCAACUUCCUGCUCACCGAAAUAGACAAGGUAACUGAACGAGAAAAAGUGACGACUAUGUCGACAGUUAAUGCAACCAUGGACCUACGCAAGGAGUUGCUUGGCGGACAAUCCAUUUCAAGGCUACCAGAAGAACAAUUAAGGAAACUUAACCAGUUGGUUGAUCUCUUAGACAAAGCUCUUUGCCUUGAUCCAGCAAAGAGGUUAACUGUAAAUCAGGCUCUAAUACACCCAUUUGUGCAGGAAAAGGUAGCAUAAACAUAAAUUAGUGCCUAAAUUUUCUUUCCUUGUAUGGGAUAUCAUCUUCAAACUCUGAACUGACUCAAAAAACAUGGAUUCUGCAUUGUAAAACACAGUUAUGUAUCGCAUUUAUAAUCAACCUUUUUGUUCUCACAUAUUUCUACUUUCCUCUGUAUUAACUUCUGGUUGAAAAUUGUAGGUGAUACUUUGUGAACUGAAGGAUGGAGUCAGUCAAUAUUAAAGAACUGUCUCAAUGGUA